AUGCGCUGUCCGCCCGCGUUUCUUCCCCGGCAGAACGCGGAGGCGCUGCUGUCGCUUGGCGCGCUGCAGCUGUUGCUGCCGCUCGCGCAGGACAGCAUGGCGUCCGUGCGAUCCGCUGCGACGCUGUCGCUGGGUCGCCUUGCGAAUGUGUCGCAUACGUGGUCGCACCACCUCGUGCAGCACAACGUGCUGCCGUCGCUCUGCAAAGCGCUCACCGGCACCAAUCGCCACCACAAGCGCGCAGCAGCAUAUCUAGUCAAGGCCGUGUCGCGCCACGCUGGCGCUGAGCUGGCAGAGGCGGGCGUGCUGCCGUUGCUGACGGAGUGCCUUCUGGAUGCCAUGCUGGCGGUGCGGGAGACUGCUGCGUGCGCAUUGGGCCACGUGGCGAAGCACAGCGGUGACCUGGCGAUGAGAGUGGUUGAGACGGGUGCAGUGCGGUUGCUGGUGACAUGCCUUCAGGACGAGGCUGUAGCGCGGAUAGCCCUCUCAGUGCUGACUGACGUGGCACGCCACUCGCUGCUGCAUGCUACAGCCGUGGCCGAUGCGGGCGGCAUUACCGCCGCCGUCUCUCUGUUGGGAUCACCUGACGUCAAGACAAGGCGUCAGGUCUGCGUCUGCCUUUCUACCAUCGCCAGGCACUCUGAAUCCCUCGCCCUGCAAGUGUUGGACCAACCAGGAGCAUCUCGCCUGCUGCUCUGCCUGCACGACUCAUCCCCUUCCCUGCGGGCGUCAGCAGCAGCGGCGGUGAGGGAGGUGGCGAGGCAGGGACCGGCAGCAGCAGGCCGGCUGGUGGGCAUGGGGGGCAUUGGGCCGCUGCUGGAUGCUGUAGGCACGUGGAGGGACGAAGGGGAGGGGGAGGGCAUGACCAAAGGCUCCGCCAAGGUUUCAGGUCAGGGCAUCAGCAGCAGCGACGGAGAGGAAAGGGCAGCAGCAGGCAGGCUGGUGGGCAUGGGGGGCAUCGGGCUGCUGCUGGAUGCUGUGGGCACGUGGAGGGAUGCAGGGGAAGGGGAGGGAGCAGGGGAGGGGAAGGGGAUGACGAGAGGCUCUGUGGUGGUGGCCCUCGGCUUCCUCGCAGCUUCCUCCCCCGAUGCAGCGCUGGCAGUGGUGGCAUCGGACGGCAUAUCCCCGCUGCAGGAUCUCAUAGUGGAGGGCGACGCUGACGUCACCCUCAAAGGGGCCUGCGCGUGGGCGCUCUCCCAGAUGGCUUCCCAUGGUCCCAACCAUGCCAAUCCCGUGGCAGGCAGUGGAGUGCGGGCUGCCAUAGUAACAGCAUCCACAGUCCCAACCAUGCCAAUCCCGUGGCAGGCAGUGGAUCCCAACCAUGCCAAUCCCGUGGCAGGCAGUGGAGUGCGGGCUGCCAUAGUAACAGCAUCCACAGUCCCAACCAUGCCAAUCCCGUGGCAGGCAGUGGAUCCCAACCAUGCCAAUCCCGUGGCAGGCAGUGGAGUGCGGGCUGCCAUAGUAACAGCAUCCACAGUCCCAACCAUGCCAAUCCCGUGGCAGGCAGUGGAUCCCAACCAUGCCAAUCCCGUGGCAGGCAGUGGAGUGCGGGCUGCCAUAGUAACAGCAUCCACAGUCCCAACCAUGCCAAUCCCGUGGCAGGCAGUGGAUCCCAACCAUGCCAAUCCCGUGGCAGGCAGUGGAGUGCGGGCUGCCAUAGUAACAGCAUCCACAGUCCCAACCAUGCCAAUCCCGUGGCAGGCAGUGGAUCCCAACCAUGCCAAUCCCGUGGCAGGCAGUGGAGUGCGGGCUGCCAUAGUAACAGCAUCCACAGUCCCAACCAUGCCAAUCCCGUGGCAGGCAGUGGAUCCCAGCCACGCCAAGGCCGUGGCAGACAGUGGGGUGUUGAUCGACAUGGUAACAGCAGCCACCGUUCACCUCCCUGCUCCCGAACCUGUUGCCGGGCCUGCCGCUGCUGCUAUGGUGGAUGGUGCGGAGGCUCGGAAGCGCUUGGUGCAGGCAGUGAAGGAUGUGGUGGUCCGGGUGAAUGACAUCGAAGCGCUUGAUGCGCUGCUGCAGUGGACUAAGCUGCCGGACGGCAUACUGGAGUCUGUCCUGCAUCGCAUGUCUGUAGUGCUCGCUAAAGACAAUGCCUGCCGCCCAGCCUUCCUCGCGUCGAACGGCUUCACUCGUCUGCAGCGCCUGCUACAGCUGGCAGAGGCAAAAAGAGCCGCUGCUGCUGCCGACGCCGCUGCAAACGCAGCUACCGCCGCCGCUGCUGCUGACAGUGCUAAUGCAGAGAGCCCAGGAGACCGGGCGGCAAAGGUGACCCGAUUUGAUCCUGCCUCAGUGCGUUGCAUAGAGGGCGGCGUGGAUUGGGACCUAGUGGAGGACCACGUGUCAUCUAUCAACUCUCUCUUCCCCUUUGAAGUCUCCCGUUUCUACUCAGCAGACUACCAGCAGCACCUCCUACAGAAGCUCUCAGACAGCGUCAAGCCGGAGUGGGCUGCGAUAGCUACGGCCGCUGCUAGCCCCCGAGCCAUGUCGAUCAAGGCUCGGGAAGGCAGGUUCGUGAGGGGCGGGAGGAGGCCGGUUGAUGUGGAGGAGGUGGGGAGAGGCGGGUGGGAGGCUCCUGAUUUGGGACCUGUGAUGGAGGAGGAAGGGGAGGGGCAGGAGGACGGGGGAGAAGAAGAGGAGGGUGGGGAGGAGGUGGAGGGGGAGAUGGGGGAAGGAGGAACGGGCGGGGAGGGUGAGAGUGAUGGGGAGGGGGGGUGGGGGGGUGAUGGGGAUGGAGGGGUGCAGCUGAUGCAGGGGAGUGGGGCGGGUAAAGAGAAGAGGGACAAUGCAGCAGUGGAAGUAGUGACGGGCAGCACUCCACAUGAGGUGGGGGGUGGUGGUGGUGGCGUGGAGCAUACGGGGGUGGAGGAUUGUGGGUCUCGGGUGCAGAAACACCACAGUGUGUUGACCAGUGAUGAGGGGUGUGGGGCUGGUGAGGAGAGAAGAGCCGAUGCAGCAAUGAAUGUAGGGAAGGGCAGCACUCGGCAUGAGGUGGUGGAUGGUGGUGGUGAAGUGGUGGAGCGUGUGGGGAUGGGAGAUGGUGAAGGGGUGCUGAAGGAUGGUGGUAGCGGGGAGGCGAAGGACGGAAAUGGGGGAAUGCUGCUGAAGGAUGGGAAUGAGGGGAUGACAGUGGACAUUAUAUCGGCGAUUGAGUUCGAUCGUAGCGGCGAGCACCUGGCGACGGGCGACAGAGGCGGGCGAGUGGUGCUGUUUGACCGCAUUGACCUGCGCGACGCGCGGGGUCGGCGGGAGAUGGAAGCGAGCGACUACCCCCCCGCUGCGCACCAGCAGAUCGACUACCGCUACUCCACCGAGUUCCAGAGCCACGAGCCCGAGUUCGACUACCUGAAAUCGCUGGAGAUAGAGGAGAAGAUAAACAAGAUCCGGUGGGUGAACUCCUCCCAGGGCGCGCUGUACGUGCUCUCCACCAAUGACAAGACCAUCAAGCUCUGGCGCGUCACGGAGCGCCGCGUCAAGGCCGUCUCGCAGUUCAACUGCCCGCCCCGCACAGCCGCCGACUACCUCGCCUCCGCCAACGCGCCAGCCGACCCAGCAGCAGCAGAUGCGCUCCCCACGCCCCCUGUGUCAGUGCCUGGCGGGCCACAGAUCAACCCGCGGUACCUCCCGCGCCCUGGGUCGCUGUCUGCUGCGUCGGCUACGGCCAGAGCGGUGGCUGCUGGCGCUGGAGCGGUGCUGAACGGUGUGGGCGAGGGCAUGGAGCUGGAUUUCCCUCCUGGAGGGUUUCCUCAACUGCGCCUCCCUGCUGUGGUGUCAACUAACGAGACCACGCUGGUGGCGCGGUGCCGCCGUGUCUUCUCCAACGCGCACGCCUACCACAUAAACUCCAUCUCCUGCAACAGCGACCGGGAGACGUUCAUAUCAGCGGACGACCUGAGGGUGAACCUGUGGAACCUGGAGAACAACUCGCAGAGCUUCAAUGUGGUGGACAUCAAACCCGCUAACAUGGAGGACCUCACAGAGGUGAUAACGUGUGCGGAGUUCCACCCAUCGCACUGCCACUCGCUCGCCUACUCCACGUCCAAGGGCACCAUCCGCCUCAUUGACAUGCGCCAGUCCGCCCUCUGCGACCAACACUCCAAGCUCUUCGAGGAGCAGGAACCCCCCGGCAACCGCUCUUUCUUCUCGGAAAUCAUCGCAUCCAUCAGCGAUGUCAAGUUCUCCAAUGACGGCCGCUACAUCUUUAGUCGCGACUACAUGACCGUCAAGCUGUGGGACAUUCACAUGGAAGCGCAACCGCUGGGAACGUUCAAAGUGCACGAGUUCCUGCGACCCAAGCUGUGCGACCUGUAUGAGAACGACUGCAUAUUUGACAAGUUCGAGUGCACACCCAGCGGGGACGGGUUGCGAUGCGCCUCUGGCUCCUACAGCAAUCUGUUUCGGGUGUUUGGAGUGGUGCCAGGGAGUGACGAGGCCUCGCUGCUCGAGUCCUCUAAAACACCAAACAGUCCUUCUAUUGGCCGGCCACGGUCACUUGAACUUUCUGAUUUCUCCCGUGUGGUUAUGGCAGAAGCGGUGGAUUCCAUGGAUCCCAACGGCAUGCAGCAUGACUUUUCUUCAAAGCUGUUGCACCUUGCAUGGCAUCCCAAGGCCAACCUCAUUGCCUGUGCCGCCUCCAACUCCCUCUACAUGUAUUAUGCCUGA